AUGGCCACCAGCAUCGUGUUGGGGGACAGUCAGCAUAGGUGGACUCCCAAUCUUGUAGAUCGGUUCUCUAGAAUCCAGUUGAUUAAAACAGAGGACCUUGGCGACUCCCUACAGCAGACCCUUUCCCAUCGGCCAUGCCACCUGAGUCAAGGACCUGCCAUGAUGCCUGGAAACCAAAUGUCUGGGGACAUGACCUCUCUCCAUCCUCUGCAGCAGCUCGUCCUGGUUCCAGGCCACUUACAGUCUGUAUCUCAAUUCCUCCUUUCUCAGACUCCACCUGGCCAGCAAGGUCUGCAGCCAAAUCUUCUUCCCUUUCCACAGCAACAAAGCAGCCUCCUCCUCCCACAGACAUCCCAGGCAGUUGGGCGCCCUGGGCUGCCAGGAUCCUCUCUAGAACCCCAUCUGGACGCCUCACAGCAUCUCCCCGCGCCCAAGCAUCUCCCUGGCUCUGGAGGGGCUGAUGAGCCCAGUGACCUUGAGGAGCUGGAGAAGUUUGCCAAGACCUUCAAACAGAGGCGCAUUAAGCUGGGCUUCACCCAGGGAGACGUGGGGCUGGCAAUGGGAAAGCUGUAUGGCAAUGACUUCAGCCAGACGACCAUCUCUCGAUUCGAGGCCCUCAACCUGAGCUUCAAGAACAUGUGCAAGCUCAAACCCCUGCUGGAGAAGUGGCUCAACGAUGCAGAGUCCUCCCCGUCAGACCCUUCCGCCAGCACACCCAGCACUUACCCCACCCUCAGCGAAGUGUUUGGCAGGAAGAGGAAGAAACGGACCAGCAUCGAGACCAACAUCCGCCUGACUCUGGAGAAGAGAUUUCAAGAU